ACCCCCCUACUCUUCUGCAUUCCCGCCUAAAGAAGAAGAAGAAGAAAGAAAAACUAGGAAGAAGAUGAAGUACAUCAUAGGAAUUGGAGGGGUGACCAAUGGUGGCAAAACCACUUUGACCAAAAGACUUACCCAAGCGCUCCCAAACUGUUGCGUUGUCCACCAAGAUGACUUCUUCAAGCCACAAGAUCAAAUACAAGUCGGGGAAGACGGCUUUAAACAAUGGGAUGUGUUGGCUUCCUUGGAUAUGGAUGCAAUGGUGAACACUGUGCAUGCAUGGAUUGAGAAUCCCGUGAAGUUUGCCCGAUCCCAUGGAGUGAGUGUUUCCUACAGAUCAAAGCUGCCCAGUUCUGAUGAUACCCAUAUACUGAUUGUUGAAGGUUUCCUGCUUUACAACUACAGGCCACUGAUUGACUUGUUCGACAAACGCUAUUAUCUAGCAGUCCCAUACAGUGAAUGCAAGUGGAGGAGGAGUACACGUAAAUAUACAGUCCCGGACCCCCCAGGUCUCUUCGAUGGCCACGUAUGGCCAAUGUACCUUAAGCACAGGAAGGAAAUGGAGGCUAACGAGGUGGAUGUUGUUUAUCUGGAUGGGCUGAAGUCCAGAGACGAUCUUUACAUGGAAGUCUUUAAAGAAAUACAGAACAAGCUUUUGAAUCACUCAUAGGAUCUGUGGGAAGUUGAAAGAUCUAUGUACAAAUCUGAUGUAGAUACUAUUUUGGAUAUUUACCGAAACAUAUUAAGUGACUUCCUUGGUACUGCCCUUUGGAAAAUAACUUUAUGUAUAUAAUUGAAAAAUUAAGGUAGUUUAUUUACAACUCAACCAUGGGCAGUUGUUGUUUUUUAUUUACUUAUUUUAUAUUCCGUUGGCUUAAACGUGUAUGUUUUAAAAAACACAUUUUUAUAAUGGAACACUUCAGUGAAGUCUGUAAAAUACCACUGGUUUUACGUCUGUAGCUUUGUGUCAGUAAUAAGCUUCUGUUUAACUGCUUGUGCAAGAACACACGGCAUACUCAAUAAAGAAACAUUUGAACA